AUGCUGUUCUUCCAGCAUCCGGGGAGACGUCGUGAGAUUCUGAUGGGCGAGGUUUCUGAGAAGCCUGGAGGAUGUAUCAGAAGCGUGCUGCAAGCAGUAGAAGUGCGCAGAAGGCAGGGAGAGGACGGCGACGCGGGCAGAUCGCACGCAAGCGGAUCCGCUCGCUUCCGGUGGCUGCUCUUCGAGCAUCCGAGGAUAGCGUCGUAA